AUGCCGCCGGUAGAGACCGAGUAUUAUGACCUGUUGGGCGUUUCCGUGGACGUCAAUGAUACGGACUUAAAGAAGGCUUAUCGAAAGCAGGCCAUGAGAUACCAUCCAGACAAGAACCCAUCCCCAGAUGCCGAGGAGAAGUUCAAAGAAAUAAGUAAAGCCUUUCAGGUACUAUCGGAUCCGAAUCUACGCGCCGUAUACGACAAGAAUGGCAAGUCUAUGGUGGACAAGGAGGGAAACGAAAUGGAGGAUGCCGCCGCGUUCUUUGCGAAUGUCUUUGGUGGAGAACGGUUCCGGGAUUACAUCGGUGAAAUCACCCUCAUGAAGGAAAUGGGUUCAGUUGCGGCGACCGUGGCUACUGAUGAGGAACGCGCUGAAAUGGAGAAAGAGGGCAUCAUACCACCCGGUACUUCCGCGGCCGCAACGUCCAGUGCAACGUCCACCGCUUCCACCUCCGCGGAUAAUCAAGCCACUCCUGCGGGUACCCUCACACAUGCACUCACUCCGUCAGGCGAAGAGACGGCAUCCAGGCGGACAUCCGUCUACGGACCCCCUUCUCCUCCUUCGAGGGAUGGCAAAAAAGAUCCUUCGAAGAAGCGUAAUAGACUGUCCUCGGAACAAAGGAAGAAACUCCAGGAGCUCGAGGAAGAACGCAGAAAGGCUUUGGAUGAGCGCGUCAAGUCACUCACGACCAAGUUAAUCGACAGACUGCGACCGUUUGUAGAGGCCAAACGUCCUGGGGACCCAGAUGACCCGGAGACGAAGACCUUCCAGGAAAAAGUGAAGCUGGAGGCGGAGGAUUUGAAGUUGGAGAGCUUCGGGGUUGAGCUUCUCCAUGCCAUUGGCACGGUGUAUAUGAUGAAAGCCUCUUCGUUUUUGAAGUCCAAGAAAUUCUUUGGCCUUUCAGGCUUCUGGUCGCGGGUGAAAGAAAAAGGGUCCGUAGCAAAGGAUGCUUGGGGUGUCAUCGGUAGCGCAUUAAGCGUCCAAUCACUUAUGCAUGAAAUGGAAAGGCUUCAAGCCAAAGGAGAGGUAGGUGACGAUGAACUACGGGCUCUAGAGGAGGACAUGACUGGCAAGAUUCUGCUGGCAUCUUGGCGUGGCACCCGCUUCGAAGUCGUUCAAGUACUUCGAGAGGUGGUGGAUCAUGUCCUGAAAGACCGCGAAGUGCCAGAGCAAACUCUAGUUAGCCGGGCCAAGGGUCUGUUAAUAAUGGGUCACAUUUUCAAGUCAACGGUUCCUGACGAGUCGGACGAAGACCGGCGCGAACUCGAACGGAUUGUGGCUGAGGCCGCUCACGGCAAGUCGAAACACCAUCAGCUUCGCACAGCUGCCUAA